AUGGGCCAUCGGGUCCGGUCGGAAGUCGUCGAUGAGAUCAACGGCAGCGACGAACUCUCGGAGGACGGCUUCACGACGUUGCGCAUACAGCCUCUGGCCCGCCCGAGCGAUAUGAACCCGCCAAUGAUGGACGCUGAUGGAGAUAUCCACGUCGCUCGAAAGCGCAUGAAAGCAGCGGUGAGCGAGAUAGCGUUGCGUGUACAGCGCGACUGCUUCUCGAACAAGUCGGGCGUGCAGGUGUGGCGCGCCGCGUUCCUCCUCGUCGACUUUGCACUCCACCACGCCAGUGUCUUUGCUGACGAAACGAUUCUCGAACUUGGCUGUGGCAUUGGCUUCGUCAGCCUCGUGCUCUCCGGCGUCGCCAAGCUCGUGCUCGCCACGGACCACAACGUUGAUGCCCUCGCGCUCGCUGAAGACAACCUUCGCUGGAACUUGCAUGGUCCGUGCCGAUUGCGCCGUUUGGAUUGGACGAGGCGCGCGUUGCUGCCGCCCGAAGAACCGUUCGGCUGGUCGAACCGCGAUCGCACGGCGCUGGAGCGCGCUCGCUUUGUGCUUGCGAGUGACGUGUUCUAUGACGAUGACGUCGCAGUUGCAUUCUUGGCCAAGCUCACCGAGCUCCUGCUGGAGAAUGCAAGCCGGACGGCCAUUAUCGCCACCGAGAAGCGGGCCGUGUUCUCGGCGGCGACGUUAUCGGUUGCCCACCUCGGUUAUGACGUUUUCGAGGCCAGGAUUUGCCGUCAUGUACCACUCACGUCACUCAGCUUGACCGAGCCGCAUCGUACGCGCUACACAUGCGAGCAGUGUCUGGCGAAAGAGGCCAAGCCCUUCUUGGCGGCGACGCCCCUGCCCACGCACGAGGUCCCCCAAGCGUUUGCCUACGACCGACAAGAGAUGCUCGAGCUGUGGUUCAUACACGGCCUCGUCAAUGCCCAUGACGCAGCGUAG